AUGGCCGCCGCCACCAUUCCUCCCCCGUCCGCGGACCAGGACUACAAGUCCACUCUACUGCCGCUCUUGAUCUCCAACAACGUCCUCUCUUUCGGCACCUUCACGCUCAAGUCUGGCCGUGAAUCUCCCUACUUUUUCACAUCCUCCCGUUUGCACACUGCGCCUCUUCUGCGCGCCUCCUCUGCGGCUUAUGCCAGCGUCCUCUCCGCCGAGCCCUUUGUGACCAAGGCCGCUGAUGGCUCCAUCCAGCCCAACUUCGAUAUCAUCUUCGGCCCAGCCUACAAGGGAAUCCCGAUCUGUGCCGCUGUCACAAACGAGCUUGCUGUGCGUGAUUCGCUCUCUGGCUCAUCCCAAGGCACCUGGGACAAUGUCAGCUAUUCCUUCAACCGGAAGGAAGCCAAGGCUCACGGCGAGGGUGGAAACAUUGUUGGCGCCGCGCUCAAGGGUAAGAGAGUAGUGAUUGUCGACGACGUGAUUACUGCGGGUACUGCGCUGCGGGAGGCGGUUGGCAUCAUUGAAAAAGAAGGCGGCAUCGUCGCGGGCGUGGUCGUUCUGCUCGACCGUGAAGAGCGCGUGAGCGAUUCAGAGCCCAAGAGCGCGAUUGGUGUUGCCCAGCGCGACCUUGGUGGCAACAUCCCAAUCCGCGCUGUUAUCGGUUUGCACGACCUUAUUGAAAAGCUGGGUGACAAGAUUGGUGCGGCUGAAGUUCAACGGCUCAAGGACUACCGCGCCCGUUAUGGUGCGGAGUAA